GUUUAGGAACACACGGAAGUUGAGCGUCUCUCUCAUGUAAUUGGAUGUGAUGUGAACAAAAUGAUCGGAGAUCUCUUGAUAUUCGGGACCUUAUUGGUGAAUGCAGGGGCUGUGCUGAACUUCAAGCUCAAAAGAAAGGAGUCCCAAGGAUUUGGAGAUGAGUCCAGAUCACCAACAACAGGCGACAACAUCAGAGAGUUUCUGCUCAGCCUGCGGUACUUUCGGAUCUUCAUCGCUCUGUGGAACAUCUUCAUGAUGUUCUGCAUGAUCCUAUUGUUUGGUUCAUGAUCAACAUUUAUUUGUGGCAACUGGACUUCCAUCAGGAUGCUGAUUUUCCAAGGUGGAUGCCAAACUUCUCCUUGAUCAGAGUUUGCUGUUCUUUUGGUCCUUUUAACUGUAAUUAUGCUCCAUUUUCUCCACAACCCCAAAUCAUAAAUUUGCUUCUGGCUGUACAGGAGUUUAUAAAUUGCUGUAUUUAUUUUGUCCCACAAAAGUUGUUACAUUUUUACCCCUUUUGUUUAAGCUGUAAAUGAAUCAGCACCCUUGCCUGUGCUGGAUAUGUGUUUCCUUUUGCCCCUGUGCUUCGUGAUAAAACAUUAAUUUUUUCUCCAGCAUGUCAGUUUGGUUAUUAAAGAAACAACGUUGUUGAAAACGAUGGACAGCCUUCACUAACAGGAUCGAAAAUGUUUUUCUGUGACUUGUUAGCUUUAGUUCAUAGUUUAACGUUCCCCUGGUAAAGUGAGCUGGUGUAGAACCUUUUGUCUUACCAAGAUCUUCAUGCUGAAACAUCCUUUCAUUUCUUUUUACCUGCACAGCCACCGUAGUUCAACUGGAUUCAACAGACAAGACAAAAUUAUCACUGUCACUUAAUAAACUCGAAAUCACCUCUGUACAAACCGAUUUACUCGCCAGCUGUUAUGCUCAACAUGUCAAUACUGAAUAUUUUAAUGUAGAUUUAAAAAGAAAAUGCCAUUUCCUUUACUCUGGAACACAUGUGCUGUAAGUAAAUGUAUAUGCCCUACAAUGUAAAUGUGUCCUCAUUCUUAACAAUAAACAUACACAGUUUUCUUAA